AUGACGACUAAGGUGGACGGGGUGCCGGGUCCGCGGAACAACGGGCACGAGAUGGCCCCGCUCAACACACGUGCCCGCGGCGACGGUACGCACGGUGUCACGAUCAUGCUGUCACCGCCGGACCGCAGCUCGAUCGGUUCGCGCGACGGUGCCGGUGCGCUGCCGGACGGCGAUCCGGACCGGGCGGCCUGGUCCGGCAAGAUGCAGUUUUUCCUCAGUAUUAUCGGAUACUCGGUCGGGCUUGGCAACAUCUGGCGGUUUCCGUAUCUGUGCCAGCAGAACGGUGGAGGUGCUUUUCUCAUACCCUUCAUGAUUAUGCUGAUUCUUGAGGGUAUUCCCCUGUUUCUGAUUGAGCUCGGCAUGGGCCAGCGAAUGCGGCUCGGUGCGCUUGGCGUCUGGAACACGAUCCAUCCGUGGCUCGGCGGUAUCGGCAUCAGCUCCUGCAUCGUUACACUGUUUGUGGCGAUCUACUAUAAUGUCAUCAUUACCUGGUGUUUCUACUACUUUUUCAACAGCUUUCGGUAUCCCCUGCCGUGGGCGGUUUGUCCUCAGCUGAAUGGAACGGACGUCGAGGAGUGUGAACGGUCGUCCGAGACGGCAUACUUCUGGUAUCGUACCACACUGGACGCGGCACCCAGCAUAGACGAAACCGGCGGUUUCAAAUGGUGGAUCGUGCUCUGCCUGAUGCUGUCCUGGACAGUGGUGUUCUUCAUCGUGAUGAAGGGUAUCCAGAGCUCGGGCAAAGUAGUGUACUUUACCUCCCUGUUUCCCUACAUCGUGCUGACGAUCUUCUUCAUUCGCGGUAUCACCCUCAAAGGGGCCGGGGCCGGGUUGAUACACAUGUACACACCUAAGGUGGAGAAGCUGCUCGAACCGACGGUAUGGCUCGAUGCAGCGACACAAGUCUUUUACUCGUUCGGACUGGCGUUUGGGUCGUUGAUUGCGUUCGGAAGUUACAACACGCCGAAGAACAACUGUGUGCGUGAUGUGCUGCUGGUGUCCGUCUGUAACGCGAUCACCGCCAUCUACGCCAGUGUCGUGAUCUUUGCCAUCUUAGGCUAUAAGGCUACGCUAGGUGUCGAUAGAUGUAUCCAAGUAAAUAAGCAUAUUUUAGUGAAACACAACCUGCUUCCAUCGAUGGACGUUGACCACAGCGAGUACGAAAACGCGAUGGCCGGCCUGAACGACACGAUGACGAAAGAGUGGGAGUUUGAGAAGUGUAGCCUGGAGGAUCAAUUGUCCAGCGCUGCUGAAGGAACGGGGCUGGCGUUCAUCGUAUUCACUGAAGCUAUCGUCGAAUUACCAGGUUCUCCCUUCUGGGCUGUGCUAUUUUUCACCAUGUUGCUCUCUCUAGGCUUAGGAUCGCAGAUCGGCAUUCUGGAAGGAAUGCUGUGCACCAUUUUUGAUAUUGACAUCUUCAAGAGGAUUCGGAAACCAUACGUUACUGGUGUUGUCUGUGCGUUCUGUUUCUCGGUGGGUCUCAUUUUCACCACCGGCGCUGGCGAAUAUUGGCUGAAAAUGUUCGAUUCAUUUGCCGGUACGAUCGGAUUGGUUGUGGUUGCACUGAUGGAAAUGAUUGCCGUCAUAUACAUCUAUGGUCAUGAGAAAUUCACAGAGGACAUUUACCAGAUGACUGGCAUCCGGCCAGGUCUAUACUGGCAAAUGACCUGGCGAUACAUUGGUCCCGCCAUCAUGGGCUGCAUUCUGGUGUCCUCCAUACUUUCAAUGUUACUGCGAAAUCCGACGUACGGUGCAUGGAACGGGGAAUUGGGAAUUGUCGAAAACAAAUCAUAUCCUAAUUGGGUGAUGGGCAUCGCGCUGGCAAUGAUUAUUGCUGGUGUGUUGCCUAUGCCAGUGGUCUUCCUGCUGCGACGGUUCCAGAUACUGAAGGUUGAUCUCGACAUACACCAGGGAUCGAUCCGAAGAAAUGAGACGACAGCUUCGACGAAGGAAAUGAUUGAUGAGGACGACGUCGUUAGCCCUGACUUACCACCUCCGCAAUCGCUGGCGGCUACACGAUUCACGAUCGGUGAUUUUGAUACGAAAACCGAUGAUGCUAGCAAACGCAGUGGUAAAACCUCACCCGGCAAAACCAAUCGAACCAGCUCCGGUAGCGCUAGUUACGGCAACGGCAGCUCGAACGUUACCAACACCUCCACCAACACCAGUACCGGUAACAGUGCGACACUCGUCACCACCAGCAUCACUAGUACCGGCACCCGAAAAUCCAUCAUGAAGCAGUAGACUGAACGUGAUCCUUGAACACGUGUUGGCAGCCCAUGUUGCUCGCAACGAAACGAUUCUAGGAUACAUGGAGACGGUGACAGGUUGCACUCCUGAGGGUGUGUGUGUGUCCGAUGCACUAGAACACACCAAGAUACACUUCAAACGCACAUAUACGAGCACGAGCGGUGUGUGGUUUAGUAAAGUUAAGCAAAACUUGAGAAGUGUCAUUGCUCACUAACGAAUCUACAGUACCCACGAAUACUCCAAAAUGGCGCCAUUUCCUGGCCACAGCGAAGUAGCCGCCAUACGAACGUUUCAACAGGCGACAGCCGCCGCCCCCACAGCAUCCAUGUAUAAAAGCGCUAGCGUGUUAUUAUUAGUGUCAGUUACCAAAUAGCGAAACCGUGUUAACGUGCGCAAAACGCUUAACCAAACAUACACCCAACAAACAAACAAAAAUGGCAGCAAAUUCUAACCAACCAACUGGCGAAAAACACGAUGAAAACUCUUAGAGUUUGUUGUUGUUGUUGUUGUUGUUACGGUAUCUAUUAAAUGCUACGCCACGUAAUGCCCGAUAGACUUAAACAUUAUUAACACGACAUGGCUAAAGGAGAUUGCGGCAGCAGCAUACUAUUGCUACUACUACCACUGGCUACUCUCCCCACUACUUGGUUGUCUAGGACCGUCAUAUUAUUCAAACGCACUUAGUAGAAGAUGGGCAGACAGGUGAGGAUAGGCACAAACAAGAGCCUUGCUGCCUUGCCGAAUUUAGCAAUUCAAUGACAAUAUGGACGAGGAUGAUGACGAUGACGAUUUCAGUGGACCCGCCCUGGGCGGACCGGUCAACGUGCGGAGCGAUUCGGACGACGAAGACGAACCACCGACGAUGGGCAAAAUGUUGGCGAAAAAACCCGGCAGCACGAUGUCCUCGCCGCACAGUAAACCCCAGUCGCUGCAGUUCAAGAACCAGCAUCAUCUCACCCCCAACGUACUGAGCCCCGGUUCGCGGAAGAAACCGUUCCGGAUGGAGGUGGUGGAUUUCUAAACAAAACACCGUCACGGGAGGCACGGUGCGGUAGUGUUGUUGGAGGUUUGCAAGCUUUUAUCCUUUCUGUUACUACUCCGGUUUUGCAUCGUUAUCCCCAACCCUGUUCCUUCAAGUCGAGCGUGAUGAUGUGUGCGUGCGCGCGUGUGUUCUGGGAGUGGUACCGACUUAGUCCUGUUGUUUUCCCCACUGCUGGGAAAGCAUUCAAUAGUGAUGAUACGACAGAUGACAGCACAGCUGCAACGCGGAGAAGGAUAACAUUGUUACUUGUAAAUAUCAUGUAUAAAUAAGCAGAAGAUGCUGAAAAUCAAGCUAUUAUUUGUAAUAGGUUAAUUAGGAUCGAUCCAGGAAGGGUCUAGGGUGAAGCUUAAUCGUGGGACCCAACGGGGGUCCCCCAUUUCCUUGGAUCCGGUUUUAAAGCCUUCUUCCUCUCGAAUCACGUGUAGUGUGUAGCGUGUGUGUGUGUGUGUGUGGUGUAAUGUUAUCAUUUGACUGGAAGUGAAUGGAACGAAGCACAAUGCUGUUCCAUUUGCAGCGAAAGGUGUGCCACAGCUGGAAAAUGCAGUAUUCUUCAUUGGGUUCGCUAGUUACCUGUGCUAAUAUAGGUGUGUAUUUUCCCUGUUGUACAAAUUGUACUGUUUCAAAUGAGUAAGCAAACACCACGAACGGUUGGUGCAUUUUUCCGUAGGACAGCGAGAAAGAGAGAGAGAGAGACAGAAGAAGAAUAUAAAAAAGACCACAAAAAUAAUAAAAAAAAUUACUAGAAAAAAACCUUUCCAAAAAAAAGAUACAGGAUGCAAACCCUUUAAAAAUUAGGGCCGUGCGAAGCAAAAUGCAAAUAAUUUGCAUCGUUUGACCGUCGUUAAUUUCGUUUGUUUCGAUACCUCGCCCUGGUGGAGAAAGGUUGCGAUACCCACGCCAUCCGUUGCGCCCGCUCUCUCUCUCUCUCUCUCUCUCUCUCUCUCUCUCGUACAAUAAGUGUAGAACUAGACAUUGUUUCAAACAGCAAACAGCAAACAAUAUUUAUAUCUUGUGCUUUAGUUUAGACAGUUGCGCGUUACUCUAGGUUUUUGCCAUAGUACUAUUACCAAACACAACACGACGAACAACAACAGCAAAAGCAAACAACUCGAGCAAACCAAACCAUUGCAGUAGCGCAGUGUGCUGAGCAGCAGCAUAGAUUAAUUUGUAAGUGAAACAAAUAAUUAUUACUUAAGUGUGCAUGUGAAAGUGUGUAAGAUAUUACCGAUACGUUCGAAAACCAAAGUGUGAUUGGUGGUGGAAAGCUCUUAGCAAGACAUGUCGGGGUGCAAAACCGUUGUACUAAAAACAGACAAAGGACAGACCCAAAUUUCUUUUGCCAUUUGUAACUAAAGUUACGUUUCUGUUAGGCAUUCAGUAGACGAUACAAGAUAAGAGUUAUCUUUAAAAAAAAAUACCGACAAACCAAAGUUUGCCCGUUUGAUUUAGGCCUUUCCGAGAUGCAAAAUUUAAUUAGAUAUUUUAGGGUUUUUUUUGAAAAAUACUUAAAUGAUUAUUUGAUUUGUUAAGUUAAUGCUACGUUUUGGUUUCAAUGAAGCCCCAGCCCCAGUUGCCCAGCAGCAUGUAAGAAUGUGAUAGGCAAAAAAAAUCCACAAAUUUAAGUUUAAUCGCCUGCCCCGGGCAUUUAAACCCUUAUACUAAAAACAACAUCGCAACAGAACAGAAUCGAUCAAUUUCGUUUGACUUAUUUACAGUUUUUCCUCUGUAUCAUUUCCACAGUUCCCAUAGGCUAGAGAAACCAUCAAAUUAAAGUAGAACAAAAAAAAACGAAUAAACAACACUCAGCUAAACAAAACAGAGUCUAAAAAAGAAGGAAAGCGCGCGCGGGCAGGAGAAUCUGAAGGAAAUUAAUGAAAGAGAAAAAAAACCACUGGAAGAAAUAUACAAUAAACAAUGUGAUCAAUCGAGUAAAUUAAAAAAAAAGGUGAACAAAAAUGAAAACAUAAAAAAAGGAUACAACUACUGUAGUAAGAUAAUCUUUUUAAGCAUUAGUUGUUAAUAAGUCUCGUAGCAGUCGCGGAGCGGAGCAAGGGGUAUAUCGAGAGCAGUAUCGAGCAGGAGGCUAAAAAGAAAGGCCAAAGAAAGGAAACGUACUUAACUUACUGGACUUUAUUUGUAAUCCACGAAACCCGAACAGGCCGGCAACAGGACGAAAUAAAAAGAACGUUUACACUUGCGAGUGAAGUUAGAAGCCGACGACACUUUGUUUGCAGUUUGGGGGAGAGAACGAAAAACAAUAUGGCGCCGCUGUUUGUAACUUAAGCAAGCAGGUGAGUGGUUUUAAGUAUUAAGUAUCGUGAAAACCUUGUUCCCGAGCUAAAGGACUUUCGACCAUUUCGUGCUUGGUUUGGAUCUUGGCAUUUUGAAAUGUCUUACAGCAACUUCUAAACAAAUUAAUAGUAUCUUUAUAGCAUUUCUGUACUAAAUUUGCUCAAUACUGGAAGCUGUUGUUUAUUUGAUUGGAUUAUCGUUUGCUUGCACUUUCGCGCUCAUAGUUACUUUAAAACCAAAUUCUUAUCAGCGUUAUAAAAGCUAGCCGUUGACCGACUCUAUACAUGAUUAAGAUAGUAGUAUACCAAAAGCAUCCUCAAAACUAAAACCCAGUACUAAAACCGAAACUCACAGAAAAGUAUCCCAUACAUACGUACGAUGACCGUGGAAAAACAGUCAAUUGUUAAUAGUCUUUCACUCGAUCACGCAAUUAGAACUUGGUGGAAAAAAAAACAUUUUUGUUUGUGACAAAAUUAAGGGGUUUUAUUUAUGUUAGGUGGAAAACUAUACUCCUGCAACUAAGCUUAAAGUUUGGCUCUCUUGCUUUUAUUUAAAUCAAACUCUGAUUUGAGCGUCUUUUAGCUUCUGUAGAUCACACUGUUACUUAUGAAAACACUAACCACUAGUGUUUUGCUGCUACAUUUUUGAUAGAAACUAAUGCAAAUUGUGCGUAACCAAAUAACGAUUAAAACACGAGACAUGGCAAAAAAAGGAACUAUUACGCUGACCGAUAAUGACCGAGUUCUUAACACAAAUACACACACACACUUACACAAGGAAAAAGAGAAAUCAAAAGCAAACAGGAGUUUACAGAAAACCAGUAAAGACAACAUCGCAAAAGGACAGAAACUGUCGUAUGAAAACAAACGAAGGAUUACCAAAUAAAACAUUAGUUUGUUAAGAUACAAAA